AUGACAGAGACGGGACAGCCGAUUCGCGGGGGCGGCAAGGCGCCGGCGGCGGAGGCGGAGGACAAGCCGCGCGCGCCGCUGUGGAGGCGGGCUCUGGCCAACGUGACGGUGGAGCCGCUGGUGGCCGGCUACGUGAUGCCGUCCGUGCUGGCGUCGCUCGCCACGCAGAACCUCAACCUGCAGAAGGCCUGCUCCGUCAACCUCGCCUUCAACGACACCGUCUGUGACGCGCUCGCCCUCAAGGAGAGCGGCGCCUACCAGGAGCAGGAGGCGGCGGUGCAGCAGCUGGUGACGGCGGUGCUGGCGUGGCGCGCCGUGCUGCAGGCGUCGCUGCCGGCGGCGGCGCUGCUGUUCCUGGGCGCGUGGUCGGACCGGCACGGCCGGCGGAAGCCGCUGAUGCUGACGCCGGUGUUCGGCGAGCUGGCGGGCGCGCUGCUGCUCAUGCUGUGCGUCUACUGCCGCUCGUGGCCCGUGGAGGCCGCCGCGCUGGCCGAGGCGCUGCCGCCAGCCCUCACCGGCGGCUGGGUCACCGCCUUCAUGGCCAUCUUCAGCUACAUGGGGGACGUGACGACUCCGGAGGAGCGGACGCUUCGCAUCGGCGUGGUCAACGUCUGCCUGAUGCUGGGCGUUCCCAUCGGCAUGGCGCUGUCCGGGGUCCUCCUCAGGGCCAUCGGCUUCUACGGCGUCUUCCUCACCUCCGCCUGCAUCUACACCUCCAGCAUCACCUACGGGUUCUUCUUCAUACACGACAAGCCCCGCGACACACCGGCGGCCGCGGACGAGAAGCCGGAGAAACAGCAGCAGCAGCAGACGGCGCCGCAGAAGAGCCCCCCGCUGCGGCGGUGCAUGGCCGGCAUCAGCGACCUGCUGGACGUGCGACACGUCGCGCGGACGUUCCGCGUGGCCUUCCGGCACGGCAACAAGGAGCGGCGCAUGCGCGUCGCCAUGCUCAUGCUCUGCUGCUGCGUCAUCAUCGGGCCCAUGCACGGCGAGAUGGCUGUACUGUACCUGUUCACGAGGUACCGCUUCAACUGGAACGAAGUCGACUUCAGCAUCUUCUCCACCUACAGCAUGAUCACGAACCUGAUAGGAACAAUGGUGUCAGUGGGUGUGUUCAGCCACGUAAUGAAGAUGGACGACGCCUUGGUGGGAGUCCUCUCAUGCACCAGCAAGAUCAUCUCAAGCUUCGUGUACGCCUUCAGUUACACCACAUGGAUGAUCUACAUGGCACCAAUCGCAGAAAUUCUUAAUGGCACAUCAUUCAUCGCAAUGCGCUCCAUCAUGUCCAAACUGGUUCCACCUGAUGAGUUGGGCCAGGUGAACUCCCUGUUUGGCGUGUGUGAGGCCCUGAUGCCGCUGGUGUAUGCCCCACUGUACACCAGCGUCUAUGCUGCCACCAUGGACUCCCUGCCUGGGGCCUUCUUCCUAUUGGGAGGAGGUCUAACUAUGCCGGCUGUUGCAAUCUUCCUAUGGCUGUAUGCAUCCCACAAAAAGGAUGCUAGGAAGAAAGAUGAAGAAGAAAAUGUAGCCGCCAGGACGACAGCAGUUCUCGAAGCUGCUGCCACUGCAACAAAGACGGACCCGUUGGCCUUCCCCAUGGUGAGGAAUGGUUCUGUCAGGUUCAGUGACAAGUCAAAAGAAGGAAGCAAAGCAGUGGAUGCAUCCACACUGGACCAAAGAGCAGCAGAAGAAGGACUGACACAUAGGAAGAUCUUUGGUGUAGAAAAUCCAGCAUACGAGCAAGACUCUGACACAAAACCGGGAGAAGCUCGACUAUGAAGAACAUUAUCUCUAGUGGCAAUGAGAGUGUAACUCGUCAGUUUGGACUUCACGGUGCACCAUGACACGCCUUGUUAAUUCUGCCUUCCUUUUAUUUUUUGCGCUAAUGGGACCUGACAAACGAUAACAUAAUUGUUUGAAACAAUGGUGAAAAAAUUUGUUAGAAGAAGGCAGAUUUCUGACAUUAGUAAAAACGUGUAAAAAUAAUAUGAAUGGAUGUCGUGAAAGAUUCUCUGUAUCACACCUUGAUUUUUACAAGCCUAGUAUACUGGGAGUCUUUUACAUAUAGAUGUUGCCAUGAAAGACUAAGUUGUCAGUUUAGUAAAGCAGGCAGAAAAACUCUUCCAGAGUAUUUCUGUGUGGAAGUUAAUCUGGUAUUCCAACAGCUGUGGUAUGUGUUUCAUCAGUAUUUCAUACUGGAUGCCAAGUUGCUAGAUUGUUUCUAAGUAUUUAACGAGAUGGUGGCAUAGAAAUGAUAGGAAUGUGGUAAGUUGCGUAAAAUACUAGACACUUCUGUAAGAAUCAGAUAGGCUACAAACACCCUGACAAUGUGUACCCAACAGCGGCAGAAAACAAAGUGCAUUUUUCUCACUCUUUGGAAAGAUUUAUUAUAGCUGCAGUUAUGCCACAGCUAGAUAUUUCACUCUAUUAUCUAAAAUAAUUUAUUUUCUCCAAGCUUUAAAAUCUCCUUAUGAUACCAUGACUUCAUUGCUGAUUUUCUCCUAAAGCAGCCAGUGCUCAUUCCCAUACAAUAAUUGCUAAAUAUGUGGUAUUCAAAGCUAUUUUAUUUUUACACACAUUCCUCAAACAAACACAAUGCUCACAAUUAAUGUUUGUCAACAAUAUAUAUACAAGUAAUGAUAAAUCAAGAGAGCAUAACAUGACAAAAUUAGACUGCUUACCAAUUUAUGUAUACAAAGUGAAACUGCGACUUUAGAUUCUUAAGUCAUUGCUUAGAUAAUACCCAAGAUUUUCCACUGCCAUAUUGUUUCAAUAAAUCUAACUUUCUUGAUAUAUGGCACUUACGAAAAUGCAGCUGGGGCCAAGGAUAUUCUGUUAUCUUAAUCCUCUCUCUCUCUCUCUCUCUCUCUCUCUCUCUCUCUCUCUCUCUCUCUCUUUGAUCAAACACAUCCUUCCAGAGAAGCAAAUAUCAAUAUAAGAAAAUUAAUUGUGUGCUCUAGAAAGAAAGAAAUGCUUACAAUAAUAUUAGAAACUUUCCAUUACGUUUUCACAAGGAAAUGGGGCUGAUGGCAAUAAAAUAUUCAAUACAGAGCUAAAAAAAGUAUUUCGUAAAGAUAUACUGUUUCCAAAAAUAAAGUUUAGGAUUUACAACAAUAAAGUUCUUUUACCUUAAAGAGCUGAAAAUAACAACAAAAUUCUGUUCACAUGUUAAACCAAAACACAAUUGGCUGUGAAAUAUGUAAAUGAAAAAAAGGUAUAGUGGCUAGGCUAGUAUACAACAAUAUAAACAAUACCUGCUAAUACAUUCAUGGAUUACGCUAAUUAUAAAUACAUGCAUAUUAUUUCUUUAUUUUGUUCAAGCACCUUAUAGUGCAGUGGCUGAAACUAUAACCAAGACAGGAAUUAAAAACACAGCAUGAUAAUGUGUACUCUCUUGCAUAGCAACAGGAAAUUCUGCUUAGAUUAUCCAGAGAUUCCCCAAACAUUCAUGUGCCUGAAAUUUACAGCUUUUGAACUGAACGUAGCUGCAGCAACAAUGUUUAGACAGUGCUGCAUUCUUUAAAAAGUCUGAGUUAUACUAUGGCCACCUACUAGCAUUGAAAUAGAGCUUGAACACAAAACAGACUUUAAUGGUAAAAUAAUGUUAGAUUCACUAGAUUAAGACACUAAGCUAUUAAUGAAAAAAUAAGUUUUAUGAUGAAUGGGAUAAUAUACUGCAGUUCAUUCCAUGUUUUUACAUUAGGUGGUCCAUUCAACAAAACAGUAUAAUUCAACACAAAUAACAAGUCUGUCAUACAACACUUCAGCCAAAGAUCAUAAGAAAGCAACACCAUUAAAAGGUAGUGUCAUUUCAAAUACAGGUUAGAAACAAUGUGACCAGAUUGGGAAAAGAAGUGUAGGUCGUAAGGAAUAUAUCAUAAAACAGCAACACGAGAUGCUGACUGAAGUUAUGAUUUACCUACCAUCUUUCAUUCCUCUUCCCUUGCCUACUUUCUGCAUCUUUCCCUCUUCAGUUGCAGAACAGGAAAUGCAUGGUUCAGGAUUCAGUGUAGAUUUCUGAAUGUUUUUAUUCACCAACUGAAGUGACCUAAAUUUUUCAGUAAGGCUUGUUGUUCAAUUAUUCUUCAUACUGUCAGGUGUCUAAAGGUAUCCUACAUUUACAAAGAUAAAACAUAUUGAUUAAAAGUACACACUCUUUGCCACCAGACUAAUGCUGAGGCUAAUGCUUAUUCUAAGAGUACAAUGAACAUCAUUCAGUGCAGGCUUUCACAGCUGGAUUUUAUAUCCUUUAUGAUUUAUGGUUUAUGACCUGUGGUCCAAGGCAUAUUUCUGCACCUAGAAUUUUGUCUCCUGAUUAUGUACCCAUAUGCAUAAAGGGACAGUUACUUGAUUUUCAAACUUAAACAAAGGACCUACCCACACAAUUGGUCAUAGAAGGAGUAUACAAAAUCAUCUGCACAUGCAGACAAUGGUGCAUAGAGACUACCAAAAGUAGCAUCAACACAUGGCUUUAACACAAGGACAGUUGUCACAGAAAUAUGACUAAAUCAGCAUUUAUAGUGCAUGCAAUGGGUCCAUGAAACACCAAAUCUGAAUCUCUGUAGUUGUUUCAGAGGCUAACCAUCAUUAUAUUAAGGUGUAUGAUGGGGCAAUAUAAAUUCAAAAACAACUUCACCAGGAAAUGAGGAGGACUGAAAUUAGACAAGUUCUGGGCCUUAGUUCCACAGGAUGAGCUUUGUAAUGCACAUCGGCAUGAUUCUGUCUUUGGUGGCAGUUGAAUGAUGUGACUCAACUGUUGUGUGAUUAUGCACAAACUUACAAAGCUUGUUAAAGAUUGAAAAUCGAGUAACUAUGUCAUUAUGCCCCUGAAGGUGUCUCCAGUAUCUGGAGACAAAAUAUUAGGAACCAAAGCACGCCUUAGAGCACAUUCUAAUGCUCAUGAAACAAAAUCUCCAAUGAACAUUGUUUAUGUAUGGUCAAGGUACAGUUCAGUCAGUUGAGGGUGUAUGUUUCUACUGAACGAGUGAGCAUAAAAGAUAUUGCACAAAUAUGAAUUGUUGCUGCUCAUAGUGGGAAAAAAUGGGGGGGGGGGGGGGGGG